CUAUAAAUCCGUAAUCCAAGGUGGGUUUUGCGAGCACUCACUUUCUCCCUUGAUAGUUUUACAAGAGAAGUCAUGGGUCGUCCUCCAAGUAAUGGCGGGCCUGUGUUUCGCUUCAUGGCCCACAGAGGGUGUAGAAUUUGUGGGGGCGUUGCCUGAUAAAAUGAAUGGUUAUGAUGGAGUAUUCUACAACUACUUUAGCAUAGGGGAAUUAUGCAUGGUUGUUGAUUUUUUGCAAAUUGAUGAGAAUGUGGCAAUGGAGAUCAUAAAUCAUAGGUUACUAAGGCACCCUAACAUAAUCCGCUUCAAGGAGGCGAUUUUAACACCCACACAUUUGGCUAUUGUGAUGAAGUAUGCUCCUGGUGGAGAGCUAUUUGUGCGAAUCUACAAUGCCGAUAGAUUUAGUGAAGAUGAGGCUAGGUAUUUCUUCCAGCAGCUGAUCUCGGGUGUCAAUUACUGUCACUCCAUGCAAAUAUUCCAUAGGGAUUUGAAACUGGAAAACACUUUGCUAGAUGGAGGCCCUGCUCCACGCUUGAAAAUUUGUGAUUUUGGUUACUCGAAGUCAUCUCUGCUGCAUUCAAGACCCAAAUCUAGAAUUGGAACUCCAACAUACAUAGCACCAAAAGUUCUUUCAUGGCGAGGAUAUGAUGGCAAGAUGCCAUACAUUUUGUAACCAUUUCUAACUCCCACGUGAUGAAAAAAAGUCAAAGAUCUCGAGAAGAAAAUAAUCCCAUUAAUGGCGAGGUUCAAACUCUUCAUGACAUUAACAAGCAGCAUGGGAGGGCCAAGGAGAAAGAGAUGUGGAAGCAUCUCCAAUAUACAUAAUGUGUAGGCAUGCGUAAGAUAUCAUUAUGUUACAAUUCCUGCUCUUAAAAACUCAAGGAAGUAGGGAAGACCUGUUCCAUCGGCAUUACUGGUCUUUUCGUAUAGAAUCGGCAUUACUGUUCUUUCACUGGAUGUCUUUACAUAUGUGCUUGAUGAGUGUCGUCUGCUGCAAUUGACGUGAUUCUUGGUUAUAGCCACUACUGUAAAUGAUUCAACAUUGGAAGAAUUCUUGCCUUACUUGAAGAGCAGUGGUGUUGGUGUAAUCAGUACUUCUCUUGCAAUGGGCCUUCUUACAAAAGUUGGCCAUUAUUGUCAUUGAAUAAAUUGUCAAAUAUGAUUGAUUGGUGUGUAAGGUUGAUUAAUUAAAGAAAAGCACAAAUGGUGAAGUCAGCUGUGAACAAGACCAAGAAUGUGAUAAUUGCAGCGGGAUGCUAGAGUUUGCCGUGUUGUGUUCAAGUCAUCAA